UUCCCUCAGGGCGCCUCCUGCCGCCGUCCCGGGGCAGCGCCCGGGGGAAGGUCGGUGUUCGCUCCCGGCGGGACGGAGCGCAGGUUCUCCCCGUACUCCGACCGCCGGCGUGAGUCUCCUGGUGAGGGGAGGGGAGAGGGAAGACCGGAGGAGGGCGCGGAGGCAACACCGUCACCAGAGGAGGCGGUGGCGGGGAAGAAGAGGAGGAGAAGAAGCCGGCGCGGAGCCUCGCCUCACCUCGCCUCGCCUCACAGCCCCUCCGCCGUCCCCGCCUCGCCGUCCACGGCCGCCGGAGUCACCGGCGGCCGCCCGUCCUCAUGAUGGCCUCGACCACCUGCACACGCUUCACCGACGAGUACCAGCUCUUCGAAGAGCUCGGAAAAGGGGCGUUCUCCGUCGUGAGGAGGUGUAUGAAAAUCACCACAGGACAAGAGUACGCUGCCAAAAUUAUCAACACCAAAAAGCUUUCAGCUAGGGAUCACCAGAAACUGGAAAGAGAAGCCAGAAUCUGUCGCCUCCUGAAGCAUCCUAAUAUUGUGCGGCUCCAUGACAGCAUAUCAGAAGAAGGAUUCCAUUACUUAGUCUUUGACUUAGUCACCGGAGGUGAAUUGUUUGAAGAUAUAGUUGCAAGAGAGUAUUACAGUGAAGCAGAUGCCAGUCAUUGUAUACAGCAGAUUCUAGAAAGUGUUAAUCAUUGUCAUCUAAAUGGCAUAGUUCACAGAGACCUGAAGCCUGAGAACUUACUUCUAGCUAGCAAAUCCAAGGGAGCAGCAGUAAAACUGGCGGACUUUGGAUUGGCUAUCGAAGUCCAGGGAGAACAACAGGCUUGGUUUGGCUUUGCUGGUACUCCAGGAUACCUUUCUCCAGAAGUGUUACGAAAAGAUCCUUAUGGAAAACCUGUGGAUAUGUGGGCAUGCGGAGUCAUUCUGUACAUCCUCCUGGUGGGAUACCCUCCCUUCUGGGAUGAAGACCAGCACAGACUUUACCAGCAGAUCAAGGCUGGUGCUUAUGAUUUCCCCUCACCAGAAUGGGACACGGUGACUCCUGAAGCAAAAGACCUUAUCAAUAAAAUGCUCACCAUCAACCCAGCGAAACGUAUCACAGCAUCAGAAGCACUGAAGCAUCCAUGGAUCUGUCAACGUUCUACUGUUGCCUCUAUGAUGCACAGACAAGAGACUGUAGAUUGCUUGAAGAAAUUCAAUGCAAGAAGGAAACUAAAGGGGGCCAUUUUGACAACAAUGCUGGCUACCAGAAAUUUCUCAGCAGCCAAGAGUUUACUGAAAAAGCCAGAUGGAGUUAAGAAAAGGAAGUCCAGUUCGAGUGUUCAGAUGAUGAUAAACAACAAAACCAACGUGGUAACCAGCCCCAAGGAAAAUAUUCCUACCCCGGCGCUGGAGCCCCAAACUACAGUAAUCCACAACCCUGAUGGAAAUAAGGAAUCAACAGAGAGUUCCAACACGACCAUCGAAGAUGAGGAUGUCAAAGCGGGCAAGUCUAUGAGAAAUGCAAACUCAGAGAGUCAAUCGCUUGAGUCUGAGCUCUCCCACUCCACUCCUUCCUCUGUACUAUCUCGUAAGCAGGAGAUUAUCAAGGUGACCGAGCAGUUGAUCGAAGCCAUCAACAACGGGGACUUCGAAGCUUACACAAAAAUCUGUGAUCCAGGCCUUACGUCUUUUGAACCUGAAGCUUUGGGUAAUCUGGUAGAAGGGAUGGACUUCCACCGGUUUUACUUUGAAAAUGCUCUGUCCAAAAGCAACAAGCCGAUCCACACCAUCAUCCUGAACCCUCACGUGCACCUGGUGGGCGAGGACGCAGCGUGCAUCGCCUACAUCCGCCUGACGCAGUACAUGGACAGCAGCGGCAUGCCAAAGACUAUGCAGUCUGAGGAGACGCGCGUGUGGCACCGGCGCGACGGCAAGUGGCAGAACGUGCACUUCCACCGCUCGGGCUCGCCCACUGUACCCAUCAACUAAAAAUAUCAGCGGUGCCGCUCUUGCAUUUUCUGUACCCAACGCACCUGGUUGAUUACCAUCUUGGCCAUCCCGUUCUCUUCAUGCAUGUUUCUGAGUGCAUGAAGUUGUGAAGGUUCUUCAUGUAACACAUUUGUGAUGCACCACGUUGCUGUAUAUUCCAUCUGUACACUGUUAACAUUUCAAUGAAGGUGAUGUUCCAUGCAAAUAGAGAAUAACAAGGCGUAAAAGACAAAAAGAGAUACUGGAUGGACAGCAGUAGACACACUAUAAUACAUUUGUCACUUGCUCCAUUUAUGCCAAGUUUUGACAGACAACUUUAAAAUAUAUCAUGUUUAUUAAAAAAAAAAAGAAAAAAAAAAGAAAAAGUAUGUUUUACCUUCUUUUUUUAAGAACUGUUUUUUGACUUCUCCUUUUUCUCCUGAGUCCCAGGAUUUUGCUUCGGUUCUGGUAGGAAUGGUUAGGAUUUCUGCUGGCAGCUCCUUCACUGUAAAACAGAUUUUUAUCACAGAUGGACAAAAUCACUGAUAAAUGUGGAAGUGUUAAUAUCUUGGCUUUGGACCAGCUGCAGCCUUCUUAGUUUAUUAGUCUGUGUAAACUGGAAAAAUCUCCUCAUUUGCUGGCUUGGCCACUCCAGAAUUAACUGUCAGUGUUCUGGUGAGUCAGCAGCUUCCGUUUUCCUUUGGAGUCCUUUUCGCUUUCUUAUUUUGCUUAACUGAAAGGUUCUGUCAGAUGAUUAAGCAAAAUUAAAAACGGUAAGGAACUAAGUGAUAAUUGAGAGGCAGUUUUUGAGGAUUAAAAUGGAAGGAAAGAGAAAGAUUUUUAUCGCUUUUAGGAUGUACUGUAAAUUUUUUAAAGAGGCUUUAAAAAAUAUAAUAUGUGGGUUAAUGUAUAGAACAGUUGUGUGGGUAAUAUACUCGAGAAAUAUUAGGCCUUAAAGCUAAGUAUGAAGAGUUUACUUACAUUACGCUGCUGCUGUUGCUUCUCUGGAAACGAAUUACGGAGACACCGGUUUUCCGUGGGACCCUAACACUUCACCACAGGUUUGUGUCUCCCCCUCUUCCCCUCAAUCCUCUCUUGGUUUCCCAAGCUCCCCUGGCAGCAUUCGGUGUCGAGGCCGGCAAUCCCAACGGGUUUGUCCCGGCUCCGGGCCGAGGGAGGAACGCCACGCCGGCAGCACGGAACGCAGACUUUCCAGCAGGGACUAGUUCUCCUUCCCUCACGUUGCGGUAAAAAUGAAUCCUCACAAGAAUUUCAGUUUGUUCCCUUCCACUUCCUUCAGGAAAGGCCAGGCUGGGCUGCUCCUGAUCUCCCCGCGAUUCCGUUAGCAGCAGGCUCCUGCUCCCCGCAGCGCUGUACAGUGCACGGUAUCUCAGUCAGUGUCCUUUUUAGCCAUCCAAAAUUUACAACUCGGCAGCCAGGACUUUUUAAAAUGGGAAAGCUUCCUAAUUUGUAUCAUUUCACCUUUCUGUGUUGAUUACUAAUCAGAAGCAGUUCUUAAACAUGUUGAUGUUGUUACUAGUGGAUGUAUGGUAGAUGGACUUAAGCUUCUCUGAUAAUUACUACAUGACUUUAAACAAUAUAUAUUUAAAAUAAGCAUCUACAAUAAAUGUGUUGAGCCAUAUUAACCUGCCAAUGGGAUCUGUGAAAAAAGUAAUGGCCUCAUUUUUUUCUCAUUGAUUUUUUUCUUUUUUUUUUUUCUUUUUUUCUUUUUUUUUUUUUUUUCUUUUUGUGAAGCGGCUAUAAGUGGCAUAACUGUAUUUAAAAUUAACGAAUUAGGUGUAGGGUGUUUUUUUUAUACUUCUAACAUAGCAUGUGAUGUUGACGUAUUACUGUAGACCAAGUUUGUCUUCCACACCAAGACGUGAGGAAAUUGUGCUUUGUUCUCUCCACCACAACUGAAUUCUACACUUCUGUCAUUUUGGAACACUGCAGUUUACCAUGGGACACAGUGUACAUAUUUCUUGCCAUAAUGGUAAAUGAUUGAUAUAUUU